AUGAACAAUACAGACCCAAAUCACCGCAAGGGCGUCAUCGGCAAUCCAAAUGCAACCUUCUGGCUCUAUGACUCCCAGACCGGCUUCGAUCUCACGCACCCCCGGACGCCCACUGCUCCCACGCCCACACCCAACUACACCGUCAAGACAAACACCCUCCCCAUCACAAUCCAUCCACCGAAAUCAGCUCUCGUGAUCAUCGAUAUGCAGAACUUCUUUCUCUCCCCCAAUCUGGGGCGGCCAAAGGAUUCCAAGGGACUCAUUGCUCAACAGCAGCUUCUCAAGUAUGCCAUCCCCGCGGCGCGAAAAGCGGGCAUCCGCAUCAUCUGGUUGAACUGGGGCUUGACCGACCAAGACAUCGCGGAGAUGCCGCCGGGCACGCUCCGCGCAUUCGGAUUCGAAACGGUUCUCGCCUCAGAAUUCGAAUCCUACGACAAGGUCGAGAAGAAGCAGGCCGCGGUGGACUCCCACGGCGUCAACGAGGGAUGCCACGAAUUCCCCGACCCCCAGAUCGAAACCUCGGGCAAAAAUCCCCGGAUCUACAAAGGACUGGGCAUGGAAGUUGGCCCGGUGUCUCUCGAUGACGGGAGCACGAUCCAGGGCGGGCGACUUCUGAUGCGUGAUACGUGGAAUGCUGACUUGACUCCGGAGCUGAAGCAGACGUACGAAACAGACGGCAAGACGGCCAACCCGCCAGACGUAUGGAUCCAUAAGAACCGCAUGUCCGGGCUCUGGGGUCAAAGUACCCUGUGCACCGAGUUCCUGGAGAAAGAGGGCAUCAAGACGUUAUUCUUCACUGGAGUAAACACGGAUCAGUGUGUCGGCGGAAGUCUUCAGGAUGUAAGUUCCCGUGGCAGUACCGUUCCCUUCCCUGCCCUUCCUUCUCUGUCCCAGCGAGAUCGAUCAUGGCUGAUUCUGGACGUUGUUCGUGCGGCGCAGGCAUUUUCAAAAGGCUACGACGUGGUUUUGCUCUCUGAUGGUGCGGGCACGACAAGUCCCUCGAGCAGCCAGGACAGCAUCGAAUUCAACUGCGCCAAAACUUGGGGCUUCUGUACCACCUGCAAGGACUUCGCGGAGGGACUGGGCUUGUAA